AUGGCCGGAAGAGACCGUGAUGAAAAACAGAAACAAAGAGAACCUGAAAGAGAAUUAUCAAAGCACCAUGUUUCAGAUGGGUUACAUCUAAGAGUCUGUGCAAUAAUAAUUCCGCCCUUACAAAUACUACUGGAUAAUUCCAGUCGUGAUGGAAUAUUUUUUCUAUCAUCGAUGUUGUAUCUGUUGCUGGAUGUUCUGUUUCUGUAUGUUCCUCUUAUCAACGAGGAGGCCAAGUGUCUUACAUUGGACAAGAGAGUGAAGAUAGCAGCUCUGGUUUUCCGAUCUGUGGGAGAUUCUCGUUACCUAAUCAGAAUAUAUGUUCGCAUCAAAGAUGGCUGGGUGAAGUCUCCUCCCCUUAGGAAACUACUGGGGCUAGCGGUGUGUGUUCUUCCUAUUCCACAAGUGGCAAUUUUACUUAUUCUUCCAAACACGAGGGGUUCCAACUCUUUGAAGACAUUGACGGUUCUCAACGGCCUUGUUGCAUCGCAGUAUUUUCCACGAGCUUACCCCCUCUAUCAAAUGUACAAGGCAAUUAACUUUGUGAACGUUGGCAAUAUGAGAAGCAUGAAGCGUCAUUCGUUGUCAUUUGUCCACAUUCGUGCAAAAUGGAUGCUCAAUAUCUUUGGGUACCUUGUGGCCAGCCAUAUAUUCGGAGCAUUUUGGUAUUAUUUCUCAAUCCAAAAAGAGAUAGAGUGUUGGGUAUAUGCUUGCAAAAGUGAAAAUGGAUGUGAAUUCAGCACUUCAUGUGUUCAAAGUACACAUAGAAGUAUCACACUCUUAAAGAACUUGUGCCCCACGAAUCCACCUGAUACACAAGUAUUCGAUUUUGGCAUAUUUCAUGAUGCUUUAGAAUCCGGCAUGCAAAGAUCAACAAAUUUUUCAAAUAAGUACUUGCAAUGUUUAUCAAUGGCCAUAAGAAAUCUCAGGUUUGCACAUACUUACUACACCUUGUGGUAA